AUCACAACGUCCCACCGCGCACCAAGAUCGGGAAUCUGCGCGCGUACUGUGAAACAAAAUGGAGCCUACUUCGACUAACGAAUCAGCCUCAUUGUCUGAGAAGGCGACAGCGUUCUCCAUCGACUCCCUGAUAUCCGUUGAAAAAGACAAGGACAGAGUGGAAGAUGUAGAUGUGAGCAGUCCCACGAAAAGAAGUAUUGUGGAAUGUUCGGCUGUACUGAAUGGUCACGCAAAGCGACAGAAGACGCAGAAUCACGAAAACAGUGAAAAUUUAGAUGAAGAUUCAUGUAUUGACAAUAUCGAUGUCAUUCUCGAAGGAAAGGAACUGUGGGACCGAUUCAACGAGUUAGGAACUGAAAUGAUCAUAACGAAAGCUGGCAGGCGAAUGUUCCCAACAUUAAGAUUUUCGGUAACAGGGGCAGAUCCAAAAGCAAGCUACCUCGUGCUCAUGGACAUUGUCCCUGUAGACGACAAAAGGUAUCGCUAUGCUUACCAUCGUUCAACCUGGUUAGUAUCAGGCAAAGCGGAUCCACCAGCUCCAACUAGACUGUGUAUGCAUCCGGACGCCCCAUUCACAGGAGAACAACUCAUGAAACAACCGCUAUCGUUUGAAAAAGUUAAACUGACGAAUAAUGAGAUGGAUGAACAAGGACAUAUCAUGUUAAAUUCAAUGCACAAGUAUCAACCUCGAAUUCACAUCGUUCGAAAACGAGAGCAUAUUGCAUCAGUGAUCAACCUUAAAUCAGAGAAAACACGGACAUUUGCUUUUGAUGAAACCCAAUUCAUAGCGGUGACUGCGUAUCAAAACCAACUGAUAACUCGAUUAAAGAUCAACAGCAAUCCGUUCGCGAAAGGUUUCCGCGAUUCUUCCCGUUUGCUGAAUCCUGAAUGGAGAGAAAGAAAUAAGGAUUUUUGCGACCAGGUUUCGCGAAUAUUUACCUAUCAUGACCCCACACUGUCGCCAAUUUUACAAACUACGCCAUGGAGAGUGGACCCUCACUACAGAUUGCCUAGUGACCCAGGAAGCCACUCGCCAUACCUCACAUCGCCGUACAAGCCUGGAUGUGGUUUUGUUUUUGAUGAAAAUAUCCCGCAAACUUUUCUUCCACGGAUGGCCACAUCUGUUCAACGACCGCCCAAUCUCUGUUACCCAGUCUCCUUUCCAACGACAAUAACAGGCACUCCCGACUGUAUGAGCCCACGAACUGGUUCUCUUUUGGCAUACCUGCACGGAGGACAUUUAGUUCCCCGUAUGAGUGUUGCUGAAGAUAAUAUAUUCAACUUUAAAAUGUAGAACGUCGUGGUUUCAAAUCUGACAAAAUUCGAAUAAGACAAAAAACAAUGACGUAGCAAAAAAUUUCCUCCAUGUAAAUUCGUAAAGCAGUGCAUGACUUGCGCUUGUUCAUGUAUAAUUGUAAAUAGAG